AUGGAGCAUAUGGGAGCCAUUUCUGAGGGAGAACUGAGCUCUCUUAGUGUAAUGUAUGCUGCUGAGGAGGCUGGAUUUAUGUCUCAGCCACCUAACAACUCUGUAAAAGUUCCAUCAACUUUUUGGCCUUGCCAUGAUUCAACCAUGAACAUGGCAGGGCUUGGUGAAGGCUCAUACCAUUCUUCAGAUCUCUCCAAUUCUAAUCUUUACCCUUCUUUACAUUUUAGAGUUGGUAGUUUGAGCCAACAAAGCUACUACAUGAGUGACUCCAUGUCCAUGGAUUUAUGUAUGGCAGAUGUCAAAAACAGCAGCUCGUUUUUCGUUGAAGGAAACCAAGAAAUGAGUGAUGGGAAUGCAGAAGAGUCUGCUGGAUUUGGAUACAUGCCUGAAGCUGUUUUUGCUGACAAGGAUUCAGUCCUUAUAAAGGGAUCUGAGAUAUCAGGAUUCAAUUCAAUCUCGGAAGACAAAUGCAACAACAACCGAUCUAAGAAACCUAAGAAACGAUCUCGGAGUUCAGAAGAUGUCCAAAAGAACAUAAGAAUGCAGCAAUCAAUGGUGAAUCAUAAGCUCGCUUCAACUAGCAACAACGAAGACGAUUGUAAUGCUGAUCUUAAUGGGCAAAGCUCAAGCAGUUGCUCUUCAGAGGAUGACUCCAUUAAUGCUUCUCAGAAGCUGAAUGGAAAAGCAAGAGCCGGGAGGGAAUUAGCAACUGGUCCUCAGAGCCUUUAUGCAAGGAAAAGAAGGGAGAGAAUAAACGAAAGGAUGAGAAUCCUGCAGACCCUUGUCCCUAAUGGAACAAAGGUUGAUAUUAGCACAAUGCUUGAGGAAGCUGUCCAUUAUGUGAAGUUUUUACAGCUCCAGAUCAAGCUCUUAAUCUCUGAUGAUCUAUGGAUGUAUGCUCCCAUCGCUUACAAUGGAUUGGACAUUGGGCUUGAUCUGAAAAUUACCCCCUCUGGGAAAAUUGUAGAAGAUUGA